CGACAAAAAGAACAAAAAUGAUGCUCAUAUCAAUGAAAUUUUGGAACGGAAAUUCUAUCAGCAUAGUUAAGUCAAAUCACACGUAUUUUAAAAAGCCCAUUCUUAAGCUAAGUCUAAUUGUGAAAGCUCUGCGUAAACCCUAAGCUGCCACUGUCAGACUUCAACCAAAAAUGCAUUCAUGCAUUCUUCACUACGUUCCUGUUAAAUCUCCUCUUUUAUUUGCUCCAAAGAUGACGACUUCAUUUGGUUCGUCUCACCGAGAUUAUAAACUAUGUGCCGUUUCAUCGAGCUUGAAAGAGGCGUCAAAUUACAUACCAGCUGCUCCUAUAUUACUGCCUGAAGGACCAUGGAAGCAAAUUCCUGGUGGAGUUACUGCAGCAGAGGGGUUUAAUGCUGCAGGUAUUUUUGGAGGGCUGCGUGCCAAAGGAGAGAAACCUGAUCUGGCACUUGUUACUUGUGAUGUUGAUGCAACAUCUGCAGGGGCAUUCACUACAAAUGUGGUAGCAGCUGCACCAGUAAUAUACUGCAAAAAUGCAUUGAACGUUUCAAAAACGGCACGUGCGUUGUUAAUAAAUGCUGGUCAAGCCAAUGCAGCCACGGGAGAUGCAGGUUACCAGGACGUUAUAGAAUGUGCCAAUGCCGUUGCCACGCUACUAAAAAUGAAGCCAGAGGAAGUUUUAAUUGAAUCCACUGGUGUAAUUGGUCAAAGAAUAAAGAAGGGUGCACUUAUAAAUUCACUUCCCAGAUUAGUUAAUUCGCUUUCAUCUUCUGCUGACGGGGCAGAUUCGGCAGCUGUGGCAAUAACGACAACUGACCUUGUCAGUAAGAGUGUGGCAGUUGAAUCUCAGGUUGGAGGGAAAAAUAUACGAGUUGGGGGAAUGGCAAAAGGUUCUGGCAUGAUUCACCCAAAUAUGGCUACCAUGCUUGGUGUGGUAACUACUGAUGCACUUGUUAACUCUGAUGUAUGGAGAAAGAUGGUGCAGGUUGCUGUUAACCGGAGUUUUAACCAAAUUACUGUAGAUGGAGAUACUAGUACCAACGACACUGUCAUUGCUUUGGCCAGUGGAUUAUCUGGAGCAAGCAGGAUAUCUUCAAUUAACUGUAAUGAGGCUUUGCAACUUCAAGCGUGCCUUGAUGUGGUAAUGCAAGGUCUUGCCAAAUCUGUGGCUUGGGAUGGAGAAGGAGCGACUUGCUUAAUUGAGGUCACAGUUAUUGGUGCUGACAGUGAGGUUGAAGCAGCAAAGAUUGCACGCUCAGUGGCAUCUUCAUCUCUUGUAAAGGCUGCUGUAUAUGGUAGAGAUCCAAAUUGGGGACGCAUUGCAUGUGCUGCAGGAUAUGCUGGGAUUUCUUUUGACCAAAAUAAGCUGCGGAUAUUGCUUGGGGAUAUUUUACUCAUGGAGGGUGGGCAACCGCUUCCAUUUGACAGGGCUGCGGCUAGCAACUAUCUCAAGAAGGCUGGCGAGACCCAUGGUACAGUAACAAUCCAAAUAUCUGUCGGUGAUGGACCUGGAAACGGACAAGCGUGGGGCUGUGACCUAAGUUAUGAUUAUGUCAAAAUAAAUGCAGAAUACACGACAUAGAAGACCUUUUUUUU